AUGGUGAAUGUCGCUGUUAUUGGUGCCGCUGGAGGCAUCGGCCAAUCCCUCUCCCUGCUGCUUCUUCGGGAGCUGCCGUUUGGCAGCACCCUGUCACUGUAUGACGUGGUAGGGGCACCUGGGGUUGCCGCUGACCUGUCCCACAUCGACCGUGCCGGAAUUACUGUGAAGCACGCCGCAGGAAAGCUGCCCCCCGUACCCCGCGACCCCGCACUGACUGAGCUGGCCGAGGGAGUUGAUGUUUUUGUCAUUGUGGCUGGUGUGCCGCGCAAGCCCGGUAUGACGCGCGACGACCUUUUCAACGUGAACGCCGGCAUUGUCAUGGACCUUGUCUUGACAUGCGCCUCCGUAUCGCCCAAUGCCUGCUUCUGUAUUGUUACGAACCCUGUGAACAGCACGACGCCCAUUGCAGCCCAGACACUGAGGAAGAUUGGUGUGUACAACAAAAACAAACUGCUUGGUGUGAGCCUGCUCGAUGGACUGCGAGCCACACGUUUUAUCAACAAUGCUCGACACCCACUUGUCGUUCCGUACGUCCCAGUUGUCGGCGGGCACAGCGAUGUCACCAUCGUGCCCCUGUAUUCGCAGAUUCCUGGCCCUCUGCCUGAUGAAUCUACCCUGAAAGAGAUCCGCAAACGUGUGCAGGUGGCGGGGACGGAGGUGGUGAAAGCAAAGGCGGGUCGCGGCAGUGCGACGCUCUCCAUGGCGGAAGCAGGCGCCCGCUUUACCAUGCAUGUCGUGAAGGCGCUUAUGGGUCUGGACACGCCCAUGGUGUACGCGUAUGUUGACACAGACGGCGAACACGAAUGCCCAUUUCUCGCAAUGCCGGUGGUUCUGGGAAAGAAUGGCAUUGAGAGGCGCCUUCCUAUUGGCCCCAUCACAACAGUCGAGAAGGAGAUGCUUGAAGAGGCCGUCGGCGUGGUGAAAAAGAAUAUUGCGAAGGGUGAGACGUUUGCGCGGUCAAAGUUGUAG